AUGUCAACAGAAUAAUAAUUAUAUGAAAGGGCUAAGCGAAUGAAUUAGCAAUUGACAAGCCCAGAGAAUUAGAUUACUGACAAGGAUGUAGAAAAAUUCAUUAAAGAAAUUCUGUCUGCUCAUCAAAAAGACAUAGAGGAAAUUUAUUCACUUGUAAUAUAAAAUAAAAAAAUUAGGUUUUGGGUGAUUUGAAACAAUAAUUUCAUACAGAGAAAAAGCAAUUAGAAAAUUAUAGAGACAGAGCAGAGAAAAUUAAUACACAAAUUUAAUAACUUUGA